UCGAUAGCUGCAGCCCUAGUGUAUUUUACUCUGAGAAUUUUAUCUAUUUAUUUAUUUUUGUUGUUUCGUGACCUCACGCAGAUGAAUUCUUUAGCUGCCAUUGACGGCAAUAGAUGUGCAAUCUAUUUCAACAGAUGAAAUGGAUAGUAAAUGUAUUGCUGUCAAUAGUGUUUUCAAUAUAAAUUCCCCUUCCUUACUAACUACUACAACACAGAAUCUGCAACCUGGGUUGGCAGUGAAUGAGUGGAGCAAAUGAUAAUGGCAGUGAAAUGAUAACUAUUGAUUAGACGUCCAAUAGAACGACCACUGUCCCUGAAAGAGUCAAAAAUACCAACUGUCUGUCAGCAUCAAUCAAAAGCGAGCACUCUAAUCUUCAUCUUCAGCGUUGAUUUGACUGUCGCGCACAUGAUGAUGUAACGAACUCAAUCAAAGCGAAGGAACGUGAGCUGACAUGAAGCAGCUGGCGCCCGAUUGCACAUUCAGACUUCCAAAUGAUUGGUCGAGGAGGACGACUUCAUCUUUAGCAGUAACGAGGCGAGACAGGAGGAUAGCCAGAGGCCGUGUGCAUCCAAAUGAGUUCGUGCAGCAGCCGUGCGUUGACCAUCCUGUCCACAGUGUUCGGGGCCUGCGGGCUGCUGCUGGUGGGGGUGGCCGUGUCCACCGACUACUGGCUCAUCAUGGUGGAGGGGGUCAUCCUGCAGCACAACCAGAGCAUGGAGGUCAAGAUGGCAUUGCAUUCAGGCCUGUGGAGGGUCUGCUUCGUGGCCGGGGCUGAAAAUGGAAGAUGUGUAGCAUCGGAGUACUUCACUGAACCAGACAUCGAGAUCACCACUGAAAAUACUGCAAACAUCCUCAAGAUGGUACGCACAGCGACACCAUUCCCAAUGGUCUCGCUGCUCUUCGUCUUCACCGCCUUUGUCAUCAGCAACAUCGGUCACAUCCAGCCUCAGCGUACCAUCCUCGCCUUCGUCUCGGGGAUCUUCUUUAUCCUUUCAGGCUUGAGCCUAGUGGUGGGCCUUGUGCUCUACAUCUCCAGCAUCAACGACGAGGUGAUGAAUCGACCCAGAGAACCUGAACAGUUCUUCAACUACCACUACGGGUGGUCUUUCGCCUUCGCCGCCUCCUCCUUCCUGCUGAAAGAGGGCGCAGGGGUGCUCUCCGUCUACCUUUUCAUGAAGCGCUACGCAGAGGAGGAGAUGUACCGCCCUCACCCGGCGCUCUACCGCCCCCGCCUGUCUGACAGCAGCGACUACAGCGGUCAGUUCCUCCACCCUGAGUCAUCAUGGCCGCCGCCCAAACGAGGCCGCAGCACGUCCGAGGCGUCCAGCGACAUCUCCAUCCAACUCAACCGGCCACCGCCUCCCCCGCCCAAGAGUGGCGGCGCCCACAUGGGGGGCCAGGGCAACCCAAAUCCCCCACCAUCUGCCGGGUACCCGACACACAGCCUGCCCAGGUCGCACUCGCCGCAUCCCCAAGGCCAGGCCCUGUCUAUGGCCGCUCCACCUCCGGCUGUACCCCCACCACACUACCACACGCACAUGCAUGCAAGCGCUUCCCCUUGUUAGGGAAUGGCAUAGACUCCGUUACACCAUUUAGAAGGCAAACGUCCUGCCUGGAUUCAAAGAAGUGCAGUGGACAGAUCAUCUAAGUAACGAAGAUUAAUGAAGUUUAACAGAAAGCACAUCCAAAUGAUCAUGGGGCGCAGGCCAAAGUCGAGUACGUUAUUAGUAAGGGAAAGCAUUUACUGGAAGGACCCGUGAACAUGCAAGUGAUCACAUGACGGAGGAAACGCAGACUUUUCUACCUGCCGUGUGUAUCUUUCUACAAAACUGGAAUGUGAUUUAAUAUACUGGAUAUUUCGUACAUUAUCAGUCACACUUUGAGAGCGGUGUGUUACCUACUAGGAUUAUUUUGACAGUCAACAAUACAGUAGAUGGUGAACAUUGUAUGUGAAUGUUGUCACCGUUUUGAAAAGAAAUGCAAGUGGACGACGAUCCUAAAUAUCAAGUUUAUGUUUUAUAUAUUUGUUAAAGUUAUUGUACUUGCAGUUGCUCACUGGAUUUCAUGUACUAUAGAUAAUAUUAGGCUUCGACACAUGAAAAAGACAAAGGGGGACUGACGCUUUUGCCUAGAGACUCUGCAGUAGCCUGCUGAUUACGUUAUCUACAUUCUCUUGACGUCACAAAAUAUUUUGUCCUUACACCAGAAAGCUUUAUAUUCUGUCAUCCUGUCCUGGUUUUAGUCACCGGGAUCAAAUUUUAAAAUGCCAAAGCAGUAUCAACCCUCUGUUGGCAACUUGCUGUAGCGACUGCUGCCUUGUUCCUUGCUACAUGUUAACUACUGCAAACAAAUAUUGAUUAUUCUUUGAUGAUUCAUUUCACUGAUUAGGUCAUUUUAAAGAACACUUUAGUUUUUGUGAUAAAGUUAUUCAAACUAAGCCAUGGAUGGUCACUAAUAUGAAAGUUAAUCUUUGCUGUUUGAAUUUGAAUUUCUAACAUUUUAAUUAUUGUUUUUUUUA